AUGAAUAAAUCAUAAGGUCAUCUCGAAUAAAUAAUUGAUAAAGAAUGGUAAAAAACACCAAAUGAAAAGCAAAGGAGCAGCUAAAAAAAUGUUAAACCAUAAAAUUAUUUAUCUUAAAUGCUUCAGAAUUAAAAUAAAACACCUAAAAAUGUACCCAUUUUAGCUUCGUUUAAUACCACCUUUGAUAAAUAAAACAAUCCUUUAAAUAGUUUGUCAGCGCAGCUAAAGUAAAUGAAUUAGAAAAACUUUUUGAAAAAACCUUUUUCUUCUAGCUAGAAAAAUCGCUUGAAUUUGUCUUAAAUUAAUUUAAAUGAGUUUAGCAGCAAACAGAGCUAAAAUAAUUCAAUGCAUAACUCUUAUUUGUUGCAUCAAAGUGAUUGCAAUUAAAAACAAAUAUUAAAUGAUUUUUUGAAAAUAUCAAACUAUUCUGAUAAAGUUGAAGUCGAUAUAGAGAAUUUAUAAAAUUGUAUAAAAGACAUUCUACUUGUAAAUGAAAGAUUGGAGAGUGAAAAUAGGUCUUUAAAAAAAGAUCUAAAUAGGUAGAUGAAAAUGCUAGAAUUUUUACAAAUUUCUAACAAAUAAAAAGAUUCUUUUUUUUAAUAAAUGGUCGAGUAAAAUAUAAGCCUAAAAAAUGAGCUCGAUGAAAUUAAAUUGCACAAGAUUCAAUUACAAAAGUUUGAAAUAAUGAAAGAUAUGAAGCAACCUAUAAUUAUAGGGAGUCCGCAUAGAAGAAAAGCAUCUUAAAGUAUAAAUGUAUAGUAAAGUAUAAACUAGUAGACAAUUAAUAAGUAAAGGAUAGGAGUACAUAGCGAAUCAAGAUAAUAAAUAACUAGGCAAUAAAGUAAAAAUAUAGCUUAAAUAAAGCAAAUAGUAGAUGAUCAUAGUAAUAUAAAUAAUUCAGAAAGCUUAAAUUUCAUACCUAGUAGUUUAGAAAAUCAAUAGAAUAGCUAAAUUCAAUAGAAAUCAAAAAGAAAUAUUUAAGUAAAUACUUUAAAUAUCUAAAAUGGAAGUUAAACUCCUGUAAUAUCUUCAAAUUUGCACAAUACUCCGCUUUAAAUUUAUAUUCCAAAACUUAACAAACAAAUUAAAAACACCCGUUAGUAGUAAGGAACUACUCCUAGUGAAUCAAAUGAAAAGAAGAAUUUAAGGCCAUAGUUUAUUUAACAUUCAACCGACCAUGCAUUUUAUGCAUCUGCUCUUGAUAUGGAUACCAGUGAAAAGGAAAUUGAAGAUUUCUAUGUUGAAGGAAGAUACAUAAAAUUUUUAAGAGGCCACUUUUAGGAUGAGUAGAAUUUGCAGAAACUUAUUUACAAUUUAGAGGGCUAAACUUUUAAAUACUUUUAUGAAAGCGUAAACUCACUUCUAAGCUAUCUGUAAAUAGGAAUGAACCUUAUCUUAAAAAUGAAAUAAGUAAUAAAAUGUAUUUAUAACCUAUAGCAUAAAAUGAACAUUUCUGAAGUAUUUGAUGCUUUGUCAAACGAAUGCAUAAGCAUCUUGAGUUGUGAUAAAUCAUCUAUAUUUUUGCUAGACGAAAAAAGCAAUUUAUUUUGGACUAAAGGUAAUAAAAACGAUAUGAUCAAACUAUCUGUAGAUUAAUCUGGCUUUUGCGGACAUGUAGCACAAACAGGAUAAACAAUUAACGUGCUUGAUGCCCAUCUUGAUGACCGUUUUGACAAAUAAUUAGAUUUAAAAAAUAAUUAUCGCACAAAAUCUGUUUUGUGUGCUCCAAUAUUCGACACUAAAUCCAGCAAUAGGGUUAUGGGUGUCCUCCAAGUAACUAAUAAAUUAAAUUAAUCUUUUUUCACAAAAGACGAUGAAGGGAUUCUCAAAGUAAUAGCUAUGCUCUCCGAAAAUAUUUUAAAAAACAGUGUUUUUAAUGAUGAAAGAGCUGAAUUUUACAAUUCUCUCAGAUCUCUUUACACAUAUUCUGUAGAUGCUAUAUAAUGCUAAUCUCUCUAAGAGCUUAUAGAAACAUCAUACGUUUUCUUAAACCGUGGUUUGAACAUUCCUCAUUCAAAAAUUGUAAUCUUCGAUAAAAUUCUAUAGUAGUUUUUUACUUAUUAGAAUGGAGUUAAAGUUUACUUUGAAACCAAGGAAGGAAUAGUUGGAAAAGUUUUUAAUGAAUAAGUGUUAUAAGCUACAUAAAAUAUAUCUGAAAACACAGAUUUUAACAAAAUGAUAGAUAUAGAUACUUAAUUACCUGUUGUUACAAUUCCAAUAAUAAAACAAAGCAACUUAUAAAAGAAUAAACCAGCUGUUUUGUUUUCAAUGGAUGAUUUUAUUCAUUUUGAUACUGAAUGCUUAGGCGUUUUAUAAGUUAUAAAUUCUAGAGGUAUACCUACGCUUCUUGUUUAAGCAGAAAAGGAAUCAAAAACCCAACUUUCAAGCUAUGAAACACUGUAGCGCUUUUGCAAACUACUUUCAUCAGCUUUAAUAAAAUUUUGA